UCCAUUAGAAAUAUAAAUAAGUAUUGAGAGCAGUUGUUACGUUUCUUCUUCUAACCCCUAAAACCCAUCUGAAUUGCUCUCCGUUGCAAAACAGUCAUCGUAAAUGGCGGGCGAUAACAAGCGAAAGCGAGGCCGAAAGUCAAAAUGCCGAUCCCCGGAAGCCGUGGAAACCCCUAGCUCCGCUACAGCCGCCGCAGCCUCAGCGUCGCCCGCCAUCGACGACGUCGUCUUCUCCGUCAGCAACGUGGAGCUAAUCAAUCCUCCCGCAAACUCCUCCUCCCCUUCCCACCACCGCCGCCGCGGCCGCGGCCGCCCCCGUAAAGUCCCCAAACACUCCGACAAGCAAUCCAAGCUUGAAAAAUCCGAAACCCUAAAAGUCUCAUCCCCGCCCCGACGGGUGGCUGACAUGCCUAAUGGAUCGGCUUCUCUGUUUGCAAGUGAGGCUGCGAUUUCCAAUUCCGCGGUCGCUCGGGUUGUACCGGCAAUGGACGCCGUGGUCAAGGUGUUUUGCACCCAUACCGAACCCAAUUUCUCGUUGCCAUGGCAGCGGAAACGGCAGUUUAGUUCCAGUAGUAGUGGGUUUGUGAUUAAAGGGAGGAGGGUUUUGACCAAUGCUCACUCCGUGGAGCAUUACACACAGGUUAAGUUGAAAAAGAGAGGCUCAGAUACGAAAUAUCUUGCUACGGUGCUCGCCAUUGGAACUGAGUGCGAUAUUGCUUUGCUUGCAGUUGAGGAUGAUGAGUUUUGGGAAGGGGUAUCUCCUGUGGAAUUUGGUAAUUUACCUGCACUUCAAGAUGCUGUGACUGUUGUAGGCUAUCCAAUUGGUGGAGACACAAUUUCUGUGACAAGUGGGGUUGUUUCACGUAUAGAGAUAUUGUCGUAUGUUCAUGGAUCAACUGAACUUCUGGGACUGCAGAUAGAUGCUGCUAUAAAUUCUGGAAACUCUGGAGGCCCUGCUUUUAAUGACAAGGGAAAUUGUGUAGGCAUUGCAUUUCAGUCCCUCAAACAUGAAGAUGCUGAAAACAUUGGUUAUGUUAUACCAACACCAGUCAUCAUGCACUUCAUUCAGGACUAUGAAAAAAAUGGAGCGUAUACUGGAUUUCCUAUUCUCGGGGUUGAGUGGCAAAAAAUGGAAAAUCCAGAUUUGCGAUUGUCAGUGGGAAUGAAAUCUGACCAGAAAGGUGUUCGAAUAAGAAGAAUUGACCCAACUUCUCCCGAGUCUAAGGUUUUAAAGCCAUCUGAUAUUAUUCUAAGCUUUGAUGGGGUUCAUAUUGCGAAUGAUGGAACAGUUCCAUUCCGGCAUGGGGAGCGUAUAGGUUUUAGUUAUCUUGUAUCCCAGAAGUACACAGGAGACAGUUCAGCAAUUAAAGUUCUUCGCAAUUGUGAGACCCACACAUUUAAUAUCAAACUUGCAAGUCACAAGAGGUUGAUUCCAGCUCACAACAAGGGCAAGCCUCCCUCAUAUUAUAUUAUAGCUGGAUUUGUUUUUACAACUGUGUCAGUUCCGUAUCUUCGUUCAGAGUAUGGAAAGGAUUAUGAGUAUGAAGCUCCUGUCAAACUUUUGGACAAGCUUUUGCAUGAAUUGCCACAAUCACCAGAUGAACAGAUAGUCGUAGUUUCUCAGGUGCUUGUGGCUGACAUCAAUAUAGGAUAUGAGGACAUUGUCAACACUCAGGUACUUGCUUUCAAUGGUCUUCCUGUGAAGAAUUUGAAGGGCUUAGCCAACAUGGUUGAGAAUUGUAAUGAUGAAUUUUUGAAGUUUGAUUUGGAAUACCAACAGGUAGUGGUCCUCCAGACAAAGACAGCAAAGGCCGCGACAUUGGACAUCCUUACUACACAUUGUAUACCCUCCGCAAUGUCUGAUGAUCUUAAGGCAUAAGACUAUAUUACUAUGGAAUGCAUCAUGAUUCUUCCUUCCAUUUGGCUCUACGGUAUUCAUCUAUAGUUCUGUUUUCUAAGUUUUCAUCAAAGACCGUAUUGGAGCAUCAGAAUUUUAGAAAAUUAUAGCUAGCAAUUUUGACUUGCUAGUAGUUUUUGCCUUAAUGGUAAUUAGCAUUUUCGGAA